CUAAAAGCAAAUGGAAAACUAGGCGUCCCUUCCCAGCAGACAUCCAAACCCUAGCUAGCUAGCUCUCUAUCCUUCAAUUAUCCUUUUAGAUUCUGUUUGGAUGCUCUGAAUCCUUCUUUAUGAUUUUUCCUUCUGUUUAAGAGGAUGGAAGAUCAAGAAGGAGGCGAUCCACUGAGUGAAUUUACUUACUGUUCGAGCUGGACACUCCCUGACUCACUCUCCGACACCGUCAAUUACUUCUUCGAUAGGGAGAGCAAUAUAUUGAGCGACUUCGAGUGGAAUCUACAACCUGCUGAUCAUACUGAAGUGAUUGAGCGGUUCGAUGAACUUGAACGGACCGACACCAGACCUGAUUUGGUGAGAACCUUCAACGUUUCAGAGAGCUUCGCUGGCGCUAUUGCUGCUUAUGGUUCGGGUUCAGUGACGUCGUCGAAUCCCGGCGGGUCAGUUGACGUGUUGAUAUCGAAUCCAUUGGUGUCGUCAAGCUCCAGCGAGGAUCGGACGGAGAAAUCUACGGGCUCCGGCGGGAAGCCGUCCGAGAUACCGAGUAAGGUCAAGGAUAAGGGGCAAAAGCGAAUUCGACAGCCACGUUUUGCAUUCAAGACCAAGAGUGAAUUCGAUCAUCUUGAAGAUGGCUACCGGUGGAGGAAAUAUGGACAAAAGACUGUUAAAAAUAGUCCAUUUCCUAGGAACUACUAUCGUUGCACAAAUAGCAAAUGCACUGUGAAGAAGAGGGUGGAACGCUCCCCUGAAGAUUCUACCAUUGUUAUUUCAACAUAUGAAGGUCAACACUGUCAUCACAGAGUCGGAUUCCCCCGUGGUGGAUCCAUCAACCAUGAAGCCGCCUUUUCUGGUCAAUUGGCUCCCUCAGUCUUUAAAUUUCACUCUCCAGGGAUACAACUACACAGGCAAAUUCCUCCAAGCAUAACAAAAUCAAAGCAAGUAGUAACAGAACCUGUAACGCUGCCAGAACCAUCCCCACAGGACGGGUUACUUGGAGAUAUUGUCCCCCCAGGAGUACGUAACAGAUAA